UCUUUCUUUCUUUCUUUUUUUUCACAAAAAAGCCAAAAAUAAAAAACAAAGCACUAUCCUUUCCAUCCCACGUUCGAAGCUAAGAUCUGAGCUUUGGCUUAAAGGAAUAAUAUACCGUGGGGUGAUCAUUGUUUUUACCCUAUUCUUAUGAUGGGUGACUCAGAGAUGACAAAAUUCGGCUUAAAAGUCGGGAAGAAUGGGUUUCCAAGGGGACUAGAUCCUGCAAUAUCCAAGUUUUUUGUGCAGCUCCAAAUUGUUGUUAAGUCACAGCUGAGUAGAUUAGCAAAACAGGAUGGAAUGAGUUUGAUGAGAUCCGUCCAAAGAAAAGGGGGGUCUUUCAGUUACUCUGAAGCUGAACUGAAUGAGCAACUGCAAGCAUGGAGAGAAAAUCCAUCUUGGGUCGACAAGCCUCCACUAAUAAAGGUCACUGUUCCCAAAGGUUCUCUUUGCAACCUUGAUGUAGAAGUUGAUGUUGGGCUGCCCCCUGAUGCAGUAUAUAAUAUAGUGAUAGAUCCUGACAAUAGGCGAGUUUUCAAAAAUAUCAAAUUUUCUGCAACUCAACUUGGUGAUGUCUUUCUUUGUAAGGAAGUGGUAUCCAGAAAAGUUUUGGUUGAUCAGGGUCAUAGGCAAGUGGUUGAUCUUGACCAAGCAGCCAUUUGGAAAUUUCUUUGGUGGUCCGGGACUAUAUCGAUUAAUGUUUUGGUAGAUCAAAACAGAAAAGACCACUCUAUGAAGUUCAAGCAAACCAAGGCUGGAUUCAUGAAAAAAUUUGAGGGCUGCUGGAGGGUAGAGCCUUUAUUUGUUGAUGAAGCAAUGUGCCAUCCCUUUAAGCCGGUGACGAAGGAAGACUAUAAUGCAUGUACAAGAGGCAAAGGAAGAAUUGGAUCUAAAGUUAGCCUGGAACAAAUACUUCAGCCAUCCAUUGUCCCUCCCCCUCCCCUAUCAUGGUAUUUGAGGGGAAUUACUGCCCGGACAACUGAGAUGCUUAUAAACGAUAUGCUUGCAGAAACUGCUAGAAUCAGAGGUGGAUAUGAGGCUGAAAAGUCUAAGGCAGAGGAGCUUCAGGUAAAACCUGGUGAAAAUGUGGACCUGGUUUCUAACACAAGUGACAUUAAAGAAAGCUGGAAAUUGCGUAGAAAAAAUGCAAAGCAGAGUCACAGAAGCCUUCUGACCAAGUGAUAUUUCUAUGUUUGUUUUAUUUUUUAAGCAAUCUAUCUAGAUGGUUACAUGUAGUCCAGUUAAAGGAUUCUAAUGUAAGCCUUAUAUUACACAACGUUAAAGUCGCUAAUUUCAGUUCAUUGCACAUUUCAGUGGGAUGAGUUGAUGUACCCAAUAGCAUAGCAAGAGAGAAACAUUGCAGUUCUUUUUUGUUUUUUCCUUCUUUUUUUUUUUUUUUUUUGAAGGGGGGAAGGGUGCUUCUUGAUUUUAGAUUGCUUAAUUCAUUUGAAUAUGAAAUUGCCAAGGGAUAAUUGAAUUGCUGUGAC